AUGGCCCCCAAGAAGAAGGAAGAACCUAAACCCGCGGCACCAGUGGCCCCACCGGAGCCUGAGCGCCCCAAGACCCCGGAGUUUGACCCCACAUCAGUGACGCUGGAGUUCACCCCUGAGCAAAUUGAGGAUUUCAAAGAUUCUUUCCAGCUGUUUGACAGGACUCCAGCCAACGAGAUGAAAAUCACUUACGCCCAGUGCGGUGACCUAAUUAGGGCUUUGGGCCAGAACCCUACAAACGCAGAGAUCAUCCACGUCCUGGGGAAACCUAAGCCGGAAGACAUGGAGACCAAGAUGCUUGACUUUGACCAGUUCCUCCCCAUCCACCAGCACAUCUGCAAGGCCAAGAACCGUGGAACGCAUGAGGACUUUGUGGAGGGUCUGCGGGUGUUUGACAAGGAGGGGAACGGCUCAGUCAUGGGAGCUGAGCUCCGGCACGUUCUGGCAACACUGGGUGAGAAGAUGAGGGAGGACGAGGUGGAGCAGCUGAUGCAAAACCAGGAGGAUCCGAAUGGAUGCAUUAAUUAUGAAGCUUUUGUGAAAUACAUUAUGGCAUCUUAA